AAGAAGAAUCAAAAACAGAGAAGGGAAUUUGGAUUUGCUUUGAGGGCUUCCUUCGUCCUUCUUUCUUCCUCGCUUGGAUUUCUGAUGCUUUCACGUUUCGCCCUUCCAUUUGCGGAUUCUUCCCCCCACCAACUCCCUUCGUCCAGACCCGCGAUUCCUGAUUUUUUAAACCCUAACUCGCCUUCAAUCUUGAAAUUUUCGAACCCUAAUUUUCAAAUCUGAAAGUACGAUCGGCUCUUGUUUCGGGGGCGAACCGUCUGGACUCGGAGGUGGUGGUCGUGAGAGGACAUCGGAGAGGAUGAGUGCUCAGAAGAAGAGGAAUUUCCAGAUAGAGGCGUUUAAGCAUCGGGUCGUGGUGGAUCCGAAAUACGCCGAGAAGACUUGGAAGAUUCUGGAGUAUGCGAUUCAUGAGAUUUACAAUCACAACGCUAGUGGCCUAAGUUUCGAAGAGCUUUAUAGGAAUGCUUAUAAUAUGGUUCUGCACAAAUUUGGAGAGAAGCUCUACUCUGGACUUGUCUCCACUAUGACAUCCCAUCUAAAGGAAAUAGCAAAAUCAAUUGAGGCUGCCCAGGGAGAUUUGUUUUUGGAAGAGCUAAACAGGAAAUGGGCUGAGCACAACAAGGCGUUGCAAAUGAUCCGAGACAUAUUGAUGUACAUGGACCGGACUUUUGUUCCUAACACGCAUAAAACCCCAGUUCAUGAGCUAGGCUUGAACUUGUGGAGAGACAAUGUUGUCCACUCUAACAAAAUUCAACCAAGGCUUCAAGAUACGCUUCUUGAACUCGUGCAGAAGGAGAGGACUAGUGAAGUUAUAAACAGGGGUUUGAUGAGGAGUAUAAUAAAAAUGUUAAUGGAUUUAGGUUCUUCUGUCUACCAAGAAGACUUUGAGAAACCAUUUCUUGCAGUCUCAGCUGAUUUCUAUUGUGGUGAGUCUCAACAGUUUAUUGAGUGCUGUGAUUGUGGGGAUUAUUUGAAGAAAGCUGAGAGUCGUCUGAAUGAAGAGAUUGAGAGAGUCUCCCACUAUUUGGAUGCAAAUAGUGAAGCCAAGAUCACUAAUGUAGUGGAAAAGGAGAUGAUUGAAAGUCAUAUGCAGAGAUUAGUCCAUAUGGAGAACUCAGGCUUAGUUAAAAUGAUUGUGGAUGACAAAUAUGAGGACCUGGGCCGGAUGUAUAGUUUGUUCCGCAGAGUGACUAAUGGACUAUCACUAAUUAGAGAUGUCAUGACUUCCCAUAUUCGAGAUACAGGUAAAGAGCUAGUAACUGAUCCAGAAAGGUUAAAGGAUCCUGUUGACUUUGUGCAGCGGUUGUUGGAUGAGAAGGAUAAACAUGAUAAGAUCAUCAGUUUGGCAUAUAACAAUGACAAGACAUUUCAAAAUGCUUUGAAUUCCUCAUUUGAAUAUUUUAUUAAUUUGAAUCCUCGGUCUCCAGAGUUCAUAUCUUUGUUUGUGGAUGAUAAGCUCCGGAAAGGACUGAAGGGCGUCAGUGAGGAGGAUGUUGAGAUUGUACUGGACAAGGUAAUGAUGCUCUUCCGAUACCUCCAAGAGAAGGAUGUGUUCGAGAAGUAUUACAAGCAACAUUUGGCAAAGAGGCUUCUGUUAGGGAAAACUGUCUCUGAUGAUGCAGAGAGAAGUUUGAUAGUUAAGCUCAAGACAGAAUGUGGGUAUCAGUUUACAUCAAAGUUGGAAGGUAUGUUCACAGACAUGAAGACAUCUCAGGACACAAUGCAGGGGUUCUAUUCAAGCAUGGGUGCUGAGAUUGCUGACUAUCCUACACUUGCUGUUCAGGUCCUCACCACCGGUUCUUGGCCAACUCAAUCCAGUGUCACUUGCAACCUUCCGUCCGAAAUCCUUGGUAUAUGUGACAAAUUCCGUACAUAUUACCUUGGGACCCACACAGGGCGGAGGCUGUCCUGGCAGACAAAUAUGGGCAGCGCUGACCUGAAAGCACUAUUUGCGAAGGGCCAGAAGCAUGAGCUGAAUGUUUCAACGUAUCAGAUGUGUGUCCUGAUGUUAUUCAACAAUGCUGAUCGGCUGAGCUAUAAAGAAAUAGAGCAGGCUACAGAGAUUCCUACCUCGGACUUGAAGAGGUCUCUGCAGUCUUUGGCCUGUGUUAAGGGGAAGAAUGUACUGCGAAAAGAACCUAUGAGCAAAGAAGUUGUGGAGGACGAUGCCUUUUUCUUCAAUGAAAAGUUCAGCAGCAAGCUGUACAAGGUAAAGAUAGGUACUGUUAUUGCUCAAAAGGAAUCAGAACCAGAAAAGCAGGAGACUCGGCAGAGAGUGGAGGAGGACAGGAAGCCCCAGAUUGAGGCAGCAAUCGUUAGGAUUAUGAAGUCACGACGGGUGCUGGAUCACAAUAAUAUUGUGGCUGAGGUAACAAAGCAACUACAAUCACGGUUUCUGCCAAAUCCUGUAGUAAUAAAGAAAAGAAUUGAAUCCUUAAUUGAGCGCGAGUUUUUGGAAAGGGACAAAGGGGAUAGAAAGAUGUACCGGUACCUUGCUUGAAGAAUUACCCGUAUAAUUGUCUCAUUGUAUUGGGCCUUUUUUGUGGCCUUGGCUGGUUGAACUGUAUGUUGGAUGUUGUCCUCGAAUCAUCGCAAGCUUGGUUGGGUUUUACUGAACAAUAGCUUAUGUUUUUGUUGCC